AGUGGGAGAGGACCAUGCGGCGCACAAACUUUACUUCCCAUAACCACUAUCAACUUCUUCAUCAUCAUCAUCAUCAUCAUUAUUCGAUAAAUCCAUCCAAACCCAGAUGAGGAAUCAUGCCAGCCAACAACACCACUUUGUUCACGGAGGUCUGGGAGUACACCUGCGUGCGUUUUUACGUCUCCACCGUCUCCUUCUCAUUGCUGCUCUUCUUCAACCUCAUCAUCAACUGGACUAUUGUGCGCGUGGAGCAGCUGAGGAGCCACGCGCGCUUUGUGUUCGUCUUCCACCUGCUGGUGUCCGCCAUGGUCUACAUGGGUAUGAGCAGCAUCUUCUACUACCAGAUCCACCUGCAAGCGCGCCCCGGCCGAUCCGCGUGCCUGGCUAUGAUCACCGUCCUGAUCAGCAGCGCCUCAAACAUCCUGCUGACGCUCACGGCGAUGGCUCUGGACAGAUACUGCGCCGUGUGUCACCCCAUGCGCUACACCUCCACGUGCACCGCGGCGUACUGGCCCUGGCUGCUGGGAGUCCUCACCUGGAUCAUUGCUUUGAUCAUCCCUGUGAACAUCCUCCACCCGGAGUCUCAGGUGGGCUAUAACGGGGAGUGUGGCCGGGAGCAGCUGAGGAAAGGUGAGCUACAGAAGAUCCUCUUCAUCGCUUUGUGCACGCUGCUCAUCCUGUACAGCUACGUGAGGAUAUUUGUGGAGGGACGGAGGUUAGGGGUGCUCAACCGGCGGAACAGAACCGGCUGUAGGACCAUCGCUCUGCACGGGAGCCAGCUAGCUGUUUACAUCCUGCCAAACUUUGUCAUCUUUAUUCUGAGCGUGCUGAACAAACAGAAGCUCAUCAAACUUGAGACUAAAGAGCUGUCAGCCGUCGUUGUCUUUGCUUUCUUCAGUCUGGCGCAGUGUGUUGCGCCGGUUGUCUACGGUUUGCGCAAAGAGGAACUCCUGGAGCAGCUAGGUCACAGGUUCCCCUUCUGUGCCCGCUACCUUAAGAGGGUCCUCGGCUGGACUGUCCACGUCAACUGGACAAACACGCGGCAAAAAUCACGGGAGCGGACUCUGACAGCCCAGACCAUCAUCUCCCUAGAGGUCUCCCAGGCCCCAGAGGACGAGGAAACAAAGCAAAUGUCAGGAGUUCCCCAUGAGACUGACUCAUGUCAGGAUGAUACUGAACACGCCUGAAGGGGAGAAAACAUCAGGAUCCCUGUGCCAAUGGGAUGUUUGGAUGUAUGGAGUUCUCAGCUCAGACCUUGGAGGAUCUUUGUCACCAUAUCAUGGGAUGAUUUGGGGCUCUAUUUUUGAGCUCACUUCAUCUGUGCAGUGGCAAACAAAAGACAGGGUGGUUUCAAAGAAGGUCAGAGGUACUACUUUUGAACUAUUUAUUUUCUGGCUGGUCCAGAGGAUUGAAGCCUCUACAGCUCAGAAGUUCUCCCCAUUAUGGAUUACAGUGAUUGAGAUGGAGGGUGUACAUACAGCUGCCAGCUGAUGAAUGUCUUUAACCCUGUGGAUGUAUAUGUGUUGAUGCAGGUGAACAUUUCCAGCACCAUUGAAAUCAAGCAAAGCGAUUUCAUACAAGCUUUAAUUAAAUGGACAAGAACACUGACACCAGUUUCCUCACUAAAGAUAAAAUAUUAAUUUAACCAUUAAAACUUUUUAAACAUGA